CACACUGACGCGACUCUUUCUUUUUCCAUUCAACAGUUUAAUUAUCUCCGUUCGUGUUCACACCUGCGCGAAAAUACAUUUCCGAUUUUUUUACGGCACCUGAACACAUCAGUGCUACAGCUGAGCUCUCCUUAGCGCUUCCUGUGGUGUUAUGAGUUGAGCUAAACUGAAGUGCUGGGAAUGCAGCCUCCGCUCCCACCUGAAGCCGUCAGAGAGCUGGUGUGCUCCUGUCUGCACAGAGACCCGGUGGCAGCAGACCUUCGCUGCAGCCUGUUUGUCGCUGCUGCACAGAACUACAAGAGAGACUCUUUGCUCAGACCCUUCCCCCCAAGAUAUAUAAGUGGUGGCAAUAAGGACUUUGAGGAGCUGUUGGCAGAUGUGAAGUCAUUGCCUGGUGUAAGAGAGUUGGUGAGACUGAGACCUGGAGAGGGCGAUCAUCAUCUGGCUCUCACCCACUGGAUUCUCUCCUCAAACAGUUUUGCUGUGAAGACACUACAGAAAGAAGAGUUUGCCAGACUUUGCAACCUGACAGAAAAUGAAGGGAUUUCUGCACCUGCUCCAGACUUCCUCUUUGAGUUGGAGUACUGUGAUCUGCUGAAUGCCAGGUUUGAGAGGACGAGGGCUGGACGCGAUGUCUUCUAUGCGUUCCACGGGAGUCGCCUGGAGAACUUUCACUCAAUCAUUUACAAUGGGCUGCACUGUCACCUCAACAAGAACUCAGUGUUUGGAGAGGGGACCUACCUCACCAGUGACCUCAGCAUGGCUGUGCUCUACAGCCCCCACAGCAGUGGCUGGUCAGAAAGUCUCCUGGGUCCACUGCUGAGCUGUGUUGCCUUGUGUGAAGUCAUCGAUCACCCGGAUGUCAAGUGCCAGGUGAAGAAAAAAGAUUCUGAAAUCGUUGACCGUCAGCGCUCCAGGGCGAGGAACAGUGAAGGGGGGGACGUACCACAGAAAUACUUUGUAGUCACCAACAAUCAGCUUCUGAGAGUCAAGUACCUGCUUGUUUACUCUCAGAAAAGGCACCUGUCCAGACAUUCCCACAGGUCCUCCUGGUUCAUGCGUCACCAUUUUGCCGUGAUGAUGAGUCUCUACCUUCUGCUGCUCGUCGUCCUCGGUGCCUUCAACUCCACCACCUUCUUAUCCUUCUGGAACAAACUCUUCAGGUGAUGAGACAACAGUACUCAUGGCCUGGAUGUGCGUUAUCCACUGUGCCUUCCAUUACACAGACGGACGGCAGGCCUGAGCAAAGAUGCACCUUUAUACUGUUUUCCCUUUAGAAUGCUCUUUUAAUAAGUUGUUCAUUUUGCUGUUGCAAGACAUCAUAUCUGAUCACAUAGCAGUUUACCUUCAGAGCUGCUGGAGUUCAAAUUCUGUUGAAAUGGGUAAUAAAAAUAAUAAUAAUAACAAUAAGACCAUUCUGCAUUUUAAGAAUGUUAUGCAAUGUUCAAUCUGUAAAUUGUUUUAUUAAGUAAAGACUCAGUUUUAUAGAUAAA